ACGUGUAUCUCUGGAAACGCGCCACGUUGGUUUCUGUGCAAUCAAUGAGGACAGUUUUACACAACUGACAACACCUCGUCUAAAUCGCCAACACAACUGUUUUUGGGAACAAAAAAGCAUCGCACCAUUUUUUCACAGUAAAAAAGCUCCUGAAUCACUCGGCCGGAAAAAAAACAGUUUCCCGGCGAUGAACGAAUCGGCGUCGAUCUUGGAGAGCGGCCUACCGUUCGAUAUCUGUCUCAAAAUCGCUUCCUAUCUUCCGGUUUUGGACGUCUGCGUUCUAAGCAGGUGCUCUCGCUACUGGAGGGAACUGUGCAGCUCAGAUUCCAUCUGGGAAUCGCUCGCCCGCCGUAGAUGGCCCGCCGCCGCUUUCCCCCGAGAUUCCUCUGCUUCUUUGAGAUGGAGGGAGGUUUACGCUGGGAAGCACAGGGAGAUGGCGAUCAGAGCUGGCGCGGUGGUCGGAUUCGUGAAUCAAUGCUGUGGGGUUGAAUCGAUGGAAGUUGGGGAUUACGUGCAAGCGAUUGGGGAACUGAGUUCGUUGGAGUUUUCCUAUGCAGACGUUCGAAUGUUCCUCUUCAAGCCGCACCUGUCUGUGCUUCUGAACUUGGUUGCGCUGCAUUACUCCAUCGCCUGCCUCCAAACCCCGGCAUGGGAAGUUGUGGCAGCACUAAAGAGCUGCUGGAUUUCGGAGAGGCAAGUGUGUGUGAAAUGGUGGAAGCUAGGAAGAUGGUUCUAUGGGUUCAGGAUGAGGGACGAGUCUCAUUCUCGCCACCUCACUCUAGCAGAGCUCGCGACCGAGAAGGGUAUCGAGGUUCUGGGGGUCCUUCGCAGGGGCGCCAUCCACGAGGUUCUGCGCGUCGUGAUCUGCGUCUCCGAUGGUUCUUCUUCCAGUCCGUGGCCUCGUUCAAACGCACAGAACGAGUGAGAAUGCAAGAAUUGCAUUGCUGCUGCUGCUGCUGCUGCCUUGGUGGCUCGGUCUUCUGCUCUUUACAUUUUGGAGCUCGAUUCAUACUUUACCGUGUUGUACUUUACAGUUCCAAACUCUUUACGUGUACAUGGCAACAGACAGCUAAAGAUGGUGUGUGCUUUCCAAAAAAUCUGUGUUUGUUUCCUGCCAUUCCUCCAUUUCCAAUUUCCAUCCGUAAAAAGCACAUUUCACAACCACUGCUUAUUCUCUUCAAUGGCACCAUAGCUUCUCCCUAUUCAGAUUCACUUCACAGCUCGAAAUUGUAUGUUGCUGCUCAAUGAGAUUGACUCAUUCUGAUGAAGCCACUCCAAGAAAGUGAGCUAAGCUGGGAUACUUAGGUUUCCAUGAAAGCACCUGCCGAGUUUUCGAGUUGUUUAGUUUCUUACCAAGAGGAUCACUUGUUCCAGAAAAGCCCUCAAAUUUCUUGCUGAACUUGCCACUUUUAGCAACCAGGUCCAUCACUUCCUGCCU